GGGUCAGGUUGGUAGGAUAAGAAAUAAGGAGAAGGAGCGAGGGGCGAUCCAAUCCGGUUUAAGCUAGUUUCUAUACGUAGACCUAUUGAAUAGUUAGUGUUCCGAAGGUGCUAAGACAAUACAAGCAAAGCAGCCAUGCCGAAAAGAAGCAAAGCAAAUAAUGACACUGAAGUCGAGCCAAAGCGGCGAUCCCAAAGGUUGUCAUCGAAACCUACAACCCCUGCUAAAAGUGAAAAAGCAAAGACUGUAGUCAAGGCAGCAUCGAAGCCCAAAAAGGUAAAGGAGGCAGUAGGAAAGGCCAAGUCUGAGGUGACAAAACAUGAUCCUGAGCCUGAGGAGAAGGAAGAAGCUCUGGCAGAAAAUGGAGAGGCAAAACCCGUGAAGGAGGCAGCGGAAGACACAAAUGCUAAGCAAGAGGAGUCUGAGGCAGACGUGCCAGAGAAAGGGAAGGCAGAAUAACAACCCUUUGCCACCUUUUGUUGUACUUUCUUGUAAAAUGCAGAGAAAUAUUUUUAUCAACUAUUUUCUUAAGAGAGAGGUUUUGUAAUGGCAAGAUUCUAGAAAACCCUUUUUUACACAACUCUGGAAGAAAAGUUAUGAUCAUUGUGUGGCAAAACUUACCUUUACAUUUGUGAUAUGGUUCUUUUGUCCAAGAGGGAGCGAGCACAUUUGCAGCAAUAACAUACCAAUAUCAGGAAUUUAUUAUUAAAAUGGGAGAGCCUGUCUAAGACUAACAUCAAAUAGGCUGUAUGAUGGACAGUGUAUUUAUCUUGUUUUGUAUGGAGAAUGGUUUGGGGUUUUAUAUACAACAAUACUGUUUUAUUCUUGUUUAUAACGGGAAGAAGGGGUUGACUGUUUAAGCUGUACUCUAUCAUAGUAGUUUUUAUUCACAUUGUUUCAUCCUCCCUAACUACAGGUACAGGAUUUUGUCAGGCCUGUUCGGUAUUUGAAAUGGUUUUUGUUUCUGUUCGGUACUGGUAUUGCAAUCAUUUGUAUAGCUGCUGUAGAACUCUUAUUUUUUUCCUUCAUAAUUUGUAUACAUAAUAUAUUCCAGUAUGUAAUGGUACAUUGAGAGGAUGGAUCAUGUGUUUUUAGACAAGCUAAUAUAACAUGACAUGCUUUACAUGUGUUAAACAUAGUUGUUGUAGCUUGUCCUUUUAAGGAUACUGAUAAACAUUACAACUGUUAAGUGAACAUACCAGCAGUAAGAUAAGGAAUUAUGUAUCAAUGUACAGUAUUUCUCUUUUUUUUUUUGUAGCUGCAUUUGUGUUAUGAUUGGUAUAAACAUGCCAAUUUAAUUAAAAUGGUUUUAAUUACUCUAA